GCGCCUAAACUUGUUUCUCUCUUUGCAAAGGAAGAGGUUUGGAGGCUGACUGUGGAGCGGUUGGGUUGUGCAGCGUCUUCCCUCUUUUUAGCUGCCUGGAAAAAACGGACAACGAAAGAAAGUUUUUUUUUUCCUGUCAUCUUUGUAGUGGUGUCGACCACGACCAGAACCAGCCGCCAUGGGGAAGAGGCAACAUCAGAAGGACAAGAUGUACAUAACAUGUACAGAAUAUACUCAUUUCUAUGGAGGGAAGAAAGCAGAAAUCCCUCAGUCCAGCUUCAGACGUCUGCCUUUCGAUCACUGCAGCUUGUCACUGCAGCCAUUUGAAUAUCCUGUGUGCACGCCAGAAGGAAUCGUCUUUGACUUGCUGAAUAUUGUUCCCUGGCUAAAGAAGUUUGGAACCAAUCCAAUCACAGGGGAGAAACUUGAUGCCAAAUCUCUUAUCAAACUGAACUUCGCUAAAAACAACGAUGGCAAAUACCACUGUCCAGUCCUCUUCACGGUGUUCACCAAUAACUCCCAUAUAGUGGCUAUCAAGACCACGGGGAAUGUGUUCGCACAUGAGGCAGUUGAACAGUUGAACAUAAAAACAAAAAGCUACAAGGACCUGCUAACAGAUGAACCUUUUACUAGGCAAGAUAUUGUCACGCUACAGGAUCCAACCAACUUGGACAAAUUUAAUGUCUCCAGCUUUUUCCACGUUAAGAACAACUUGAAAGUGACGGAUCCAGACGAGGAGAAGGCAAAAUCGGAUCCAUCGUAUUACCUGAAAAACACAAACGUCGAGACGAGAGAGACCUUGUCGGAGCUGUACAAAGAAUUCAAAGGCGAUGAUGUUCUCGCGGCCACCAUGAAGGCCCCUGAGAAGAAAAAAGUAGACAAGCUGAAUGCAGCUCAUUACUCAACCGGCAGAGUGAGCGCUUCCUUCACAUCCACGGCCAUGGCUCCAGAAACGAUGCACGAAGCAGCUGCCAUCGAGGAUGACGUGGUGCGGUACCAGUACGUCAAGAAGAAAGGCUACGUGCGUCUGCACACCAACAAAGGGGACCUCAACCUGGAACUGCACUGUGACAUGACUGCUAAAACAUGUGAAAACUUCAUUAAACUAUGCAAGAAAAAUUACUACGAUGGGACCAUUUUUCACAGAUCAAUUCGUAAUUUUGUGAUCCAAGGAGGUGACCCUACCGGAACAGGAACAGGAGGAGAAUCUUAUUGGGGGAAACCAUUUAAGGAUGAGUUCAAGCCCAACCUGUCUCACACGGGACGAGGCAUCCUCAGCAUGGCCAAUUCUGGACCCAAUUGUAACAAGUCCCAAUUCUUUAUCACAUUCCGUUCAUGCGCGUACCUGGACAAGAAGCACACCGUGUUUGGGAGAGUGGUGGGUGGUUUUGAGACUCUGACGGCCAUGGAGAACGUGGAAAGCGAUCCCAAAACUGAUCGUCCCAAGGAGGAAAUACGAAUCGAGUCAACAACUGUCUUUGUUGAUCCAUACGAAGAAGCAGAUGCUCAGGUUGCUGCGGAGAGAGAGAAGGCCCAGCAAGAAGAGGAGGCAGCAAAAGGGAAAACCAAAGUUGUCGUUCCGCAGAAAGAGCAUCACACUCCAAAAACGUACCGCGAAGGAGUCGGGAAAUACAUUAAUUUGGCUGCAGCGAAGCGAGCUGCAGACGAUGACGGCCCAUCCACCAGCACAGCGGCCAAAAAAGAGAAGAAAAGCUCAGACUUUGGGGACUUCAGCUCCUGGUAGAAGACCUGGGUGACCACAUCUGGAGCCACCCAGCCCCAAUCGACACAUUGCUCUAGACUGUUCUGCAUUGAAAUGGGCAGGGUACCCAUCUGCCUCCUCCGGGGAGGAUUCCCUAAAGUUUCCAAACGCGCUGUUUCCCCCGCAGCGCUGUCCUUUGGGUCCCUCUCCAAAAUGCCUCCUUUUGUUUUCUCGUGAGCCGCUUCUGUACUCAGUGGCUCCAAGAUGGCUCUUUUGUGUUGCCGCUCUGCAGAUUUGUCCGUAGAACACUGGGAAGGUGAAGCAGAUUAGCAAGCAAGGGCUUGUUCCAGGCUAAAAUGGGUAAUUACCCAGUGGAGGAGAAGGGGGGGAAAAUGGCAUCAUUAGAGCGGCAUCUCUUUGCUGGAAGGGGGUUCCUACAGUCCCCUCCAGCUUGUCCCUUCUAAUUUGGAAACAUGGCUCCCGGACUGCGCAUCCUUCCCCCUCCCUCUCUGUCUCUCACACCCUCCAGGCUCACUGGUUUUAUGAGCUGUUGUGCUGCUCCGAGAGGCAUCCAUCUCUGUGAGCGAUGAUGAAGUCGUCGGGUGCCUCCAUCCAGAGCUGACGCCUGAUUGACGACCUCUCCGCCCAGAAAAGCCAUCCAGCCCAGUUCCUUUGCUUUGUCUGGUUUGCUAGCCUGAUGUGUCUGAGCCAGCUCGGCAACAGUGGCUAUAUCGCUGCGCUUCUCCUCUGCGCCGGGUGUAGAUCUCUGUGGGGCUGCUGUGAAUUACAAACAUUGCCCACUGCCACUCGGCCAGGGGUCAGUGAAAAACAGCCAGGGGCGAGCAAUUCUGCAGCCUCUUCUCUCAGACCCCAAAAUGCUGUCUUGGCCCUGGUAGUGUUUGGUCUCUGAUUGGCCUUUGCUUUUGAUUGAUAUGCAGCAGUCUGUUGUCACGCCUUCCAAGAGAAAUGGUCCCAAACUUCAGUGAGCCCUGAGCCGACCCACACAGUUGGGGCUAAAGAGCAAAUUAUAGGCUAAAUCCAAACAUGUGACCUGAUUCCCCUGGGGCGUUAAGGAAAUCUGGAUGGGGAGGUGGCAAUUUUGAAUGGAAGCCAGCAGCGGGAAGAGGCUGCUCCUUCCUUUCCUCUACCGAUCUUUUUUCUUUUCCACCCCUCUUCCCCGUUGCUUUUCAUCCUGGGAGCUUCCAGGUAUGUCUUUGCAAGGAGAAACGUGCGCCUGUGCUUUGAUUUGAGAAGAGAGUGGGAGUGGGGAAACGACUGGUGGAGAAAGUUGUCAGCAACCUUUCAGCCGGCCGGGUCUCGGCUCAGAAUUGGCCCCUCCUGCAGCUGUUUUUCUUUACAAAAAGACAGUGCCGCCUUGCAAUUGUUACAGCAGCGCCCCCCAAACGUGCCAGUGUGCCCUUUACUGCUAAAUCUGGGAAGAGCUAUAGCUGUCAAGAAGCGGUCCAGCCGUGUUUGUUAAAGGGCAGGCACUGGCAGAGUGAAUGCCUCGUGUCACUUUAUAGUGGGACCGGUUGGCUGGUGUGUCUUUCACUUGCAAAAUGCAGAGAGACGGUAGGAAAAGCAGCAUUAAAAAUCAGACAAGUGCACGCAUCUUCUCCCCAGGAUGCCCAUGCUACAAGGUACCGAUACAAAGGAUUGCCUGUUAGCAGUAAGAUGUAUCCUGUCCUGUAUCAAGGGAAAGGACAGUGGUGAUUGACAGGCUGAGAAAUCACGUCUUUCAGUUUUUUGUCUUCUUAUUCAAUAUCCAGAAGCAGGGUUUUAAAAAUCGAGCUCCAGGCUAAAGUUACACGAGUCUAUACCAAUAUAUAUAUGUUCAGGCCUUCCUGGAAUACUUAAACUGUCAAUCCCCAGAUUCUCCAAGCUACACAUCGACAAUUAGAAAAUCUUAACAGAUGCAUCGGAAGCAGAAACAUUGAAUUGUUUACUUUUAGCUUUCUGGGGUUUGUCGAAAUCCUUUCCUCAAGAAUUGUGCAUAUGUUGCUUUGGAAAAUGGUCAGGGUUUUAUGUGUGUGUUUUGCAAUGAGACUGGUUAAUGAAAUAAAGAGUCUCCUUUGAUAUAAAA